AUGGCGGAUCCAUUUGAAGUUCGCAUGCGGUUUACUAUGCAACUCCAGCAUCUCAGUGCUGCAGUUGCCUCGUCACAAAGAGCGGCUCAAUAUGCGCUCAAAUACCGAGAUAUGGAUGAGGAUCUCCAUUCUUGUAUCCUCGAACAACUUGAACGAAAUAAUAUGAACAACCGCGCAAAUAUAAUGUACUUCAUCGAACAUUUCUGUGAACUAGCCAGCAAGGAAAACCACCUCAACUACGUCCGCAUGAUCCAGCGCGACAUGCUUACAAUCGUCGAUUCAGUGGCACCUGCAGACGGCUCCGGCGCUGCAAACGUAAAACACGUUCGCCGCGUUCUUCAAGGCCUACAAGACAAAGACUUCCUAUCCAACGAAACCGUUACAGAGAUCGACGCAGCCCUAAAAGAGCGAGAAACGAACCCUUCCAACGUGCUUGAUUCCGAGGCACCGGAGGACUCGGGACGAACACCUAGCCGUGGCUCGAAGACUAAUGGAUCCACUAUUCGAGUCGAUAAAAGACAGAUUGAGCAGCGGAUUGAGGAAGAUAGGGAACGAAAUAAGAGGCUGAGGGAGAGUAUGUGGACGGUUAGUGGCGAUAAUAAAGGCGAGUUUCAGCAGUGCUGGGAUGAAAUUAGUGAUAUUGGCGAGGAUGAUUAUUUGGGUGCGGAGGAGGAGUUUGGCGAGAGGAGGCUGAUAGUCACGACUUAG